CUGGUCGGAUUGUGAUGGAGCUCUUCGCCGACACGACACCAAGGACGGCCGAGAACUUCCGAGCCCUCUGUACCGGCGAGAAAGGCAUCGGGAAGAGUGGUAAGCCACUGUACUACAAGGGAUCACGCAUUCACUUUGUGUCCCGCAAAUUGAUGUUAUGUGGAGGAGACAUCAUUGUCGGGGACGGUCCGGGUGUCCUCUCUAUGGCCAAUGGUGGUCCAGACACCAACGAUUCUAGGUUCAUGAUCUGUAUGCAGAAGUGUUUUCCACUCGACGACGUGCACGUCGUGUUCGGCCAAGUUGUUGAAGGAAUAGAUGUGGUAGAGAGCAUUAUGGAAGAUGUAGUAACUUAUAACGGGAAGCCUUCCAAGACCGUGGUGAUCGCCGACUGUGGUCAAAUUUCAUAGAUUUGAGAGUUUUUUUAUCCUAUCACUACAAUGGUAGCAUGCUUGGUGUGUUUUUGUUCGUUGUUUGGAUUUGAGUUUGCUAAAAAAAAUAAAAAAACACACCUCCAAAUCUUGACCAGUACCGGCAACGGACUGAACUUGAUUUGCCAGUUGCCACAUUAUAAAUGUAUGGCUAAAGAGACUACGAAUACAUAUCAAACUUUCACGACA